AUGGCCGCGGCCGUCCGAGACAAUUGGCGUUGCCAGGACGUUAUGAUGCAAAACCACGCGGCCCACGAAAGCCACACGACCAUGAUUCAGACCAGCCAGCUGCGUGCCGAGAUGCACUUCUGGGCUUCGAAGCUCGGAGGGAGAGGUGCAGGUGUGGAUGGUGUGGGCUCUGACUCGGAUGCGAGCGCACGGAUCGGCUUGGACCUGCUGCAGCACGCAUCGAUGGACUGGCUCUUGCCCUUCGAGAUGACGCGCGGCAUCUCACGAAGCUCACGAAACCCACGGAACCCACGGAACCCACGAAAUCGGACGGCAUCAGUGGCUCAGUCCCAGGAGCAGCUGCUGGCUUCCCUGUUUCUGGCUUUCUUGCCAGACGCAUACACAGGCUACGCAGGGUGUUCUGCUCCGGUAAUGCAGGCUGCAGGUAGCAAGUGGCUCCGUGGACGGCUCGGCGUUGUCUUCCAGGCUCUGCUUGUGGAGGUCGUGCGAGUGGUGUGUGCGCUGGAGGCGAAGAACUACCACAUGCUCGCCCUGAAUUCAAGGGCCCUGCUGGUUGGUGGGGACGACAGUCUCAGGUGGCUGGCACCCGUGCUCAGCAAACGCUGGAAGAGCCAGAUGAUGUUCCUCAGCCUCGACUUGGUCAAAAGGAUCCCUGGUUUGACCGCGCGCCCCGAUGUGAAGCCCUCCGAGGUCGCUACAGACCUGAAAAAGCUCCAGGACGUGUUGCAGCUCGAUGCCGGUCUUCGACUUGAUCGGGAGCGCUUCAAGGCUAUCUUUCUGCUUCCACUCGGUGUGUUACAUGGUGACUAUGGUGGCUACCCCGAGCCCUCCCAGUUGCUCAUGCCGGUGUUUCACUACUGGCUGCGGGGCAAUGCCCGGAACCGUGUGAACAACUCCCAGUUGGUGUAUGGGCUUCUGACCUACGUGGGCCGCCAGGACCGCUUACUUCUCGACGCGGGCACUGACGAAGUCCAAGUUCGACAUGUCGCCGCUGCUCGCCGGUCGAAUCUGGUGCACAGUUGGACCGCCUUUUUCUUGACAGGAUGGCAGAUGACUGCCUUCUUGAGCAGGCCAUUCUUCGGAAACUUCUCCGCAGGAGUGUGGGGGUGCCCUGGUUGCGCGGCAGCGGCAUACCCGCCCAUUCGGCCAGCUUUGGUGGUGAUGCGCCCGCAUCCUUCUGUACAUCAUUGCUCCGGUGAGAACUUGGCGGCGCAAUUCCGCUAUUUGCUGGACAUGUCCAAGCAGUACAUGCCAAGAAACAUAACUGUGUGGCUGUCAUAUCCGAACUCUGGGAGUCGGAUGGUGGGCUUGAUGUCGGAAGCAAUGUCUGGGAGACCGUUUCGCAACAUGUUUGAACCGCCUUGGAAGAAUCAAGGAUACUGCAGUUCUGGGCAGCAGUACGGUCUUCUGAAACAUGUGGAUUGUCAAAGUCCACCACUUGCAGGCCGACAUCACAGCAUAUUGCUCAGACAAUCGCUUCACCCUGAAACUGCUUCGGCCUACGGCUUAAUCCUUCGCGACUACGGCUACCAUGUUACCAAGGUCACAUUGUUGGGAGGGGACGUGGAUGAGACGAUGCACAACUACAUGAAUAUACUCUGGUUUUGGCACAGGUGGGGCGGCAGGAAGCUCCUCUUGUACUAUGACGAGCUCUUGGGCCGACCUCUUCAUGCCAGCCUGCGAGUUGCGCGGCUCCUGGGGCUAAGCCACAAUGAAACCAAGCUGUGGAGGUCCCAGAAGCCCGUCAUUGAAGACACGAUAUGGCGGAUGCACUUGAAUCCUGCUGUUGCAGGAUUCUGGCGUGUUUUUGACAGGCCUCGCCACAAGGUAGAAGCACGUCACAAGAUGGCGAAGCGAUGGGAACAACCCACGCUUUCUGCGAUAUGGAGGUUUGAGAUGAAGAUGUGCGACCAAUACCCUAAGCUUGCAAAUCGCUACCUCAUGCAACGACAGUGGUCCUGGGGCACUGGCACACUUCAUCGGUGUGUCUGA